ACCUGCGGAAAGCAGACAGGUGCCAUACUGGUGCCACACCUCUCUAUAGAAGAUGUAGUCAUGGCUUCUGACUUCUGUGGAGACUGCUCGCGACUGCUCAAAGAAUUUGUUGCUAAUUUGAGGAAAGUUUGCAGAGAAAUUGAGCAAAUAAUAAGAGACACCUUCACAGUGUUGGCUCAAUGCACCUGCUUCAGGAGUGCACCUGAGAGGAAGACGACGACACGAGACUUACUGUCUCUACACCUUCUGAAUGAUAAUGAAACUCAACUUCCUAAUCCAGAAAGUCUACAAGCACUGAACAGACUUGCAGCCUCCGAAAACACUGAUCUACAAAUGACUGCAGCCAUUUAUUAUUUACAUCUCAGCCAUCAUGUGAAAUCUCCCCUAUCAGAGUCCUUCAUGGAGCCAGUACUGGCCUUACUAUUGUCAACGGACCUGGAUGUGCAGAAGACUAUCUCCCUCUCUUUGGUCAAUCUGCUAGCAAAGAAUAACGUGUGUAAGGCAUCAGUGGUUGAAAUGGGGAUGCUGGUACCUAUAAUGGAGAUGUUCCAGUCUGGUGAUUCCACCGCUCAGUGUCACUCCUGUGCCUGCGUCUCCAUGUUGGCCUCCUCAGAAACAAACAGGGAAACUAUCAUGGUUGACGGAAUCAUCCCACUGUUGGCUUUGGCAAAAUCCUACGAUCCCCAGGUGCAACAGAAUGCAACGUGGGCUCUGUUACAUCUCACACAGUCAGAUUGGUCGACCAGAAUUGUAUGUCAAGCAGGAGCUAUUCCUGUUCUGGUUCUUCUGCUGCAGUCUACAGAUUCAGUGGUGCAGUUUUACAGCUGCACCGCUCUGUGCAACAUCUCUGCUGUGGAGGAGCACCACCCAAAGCUCCUCAGCAUGGGGGGUCAUUAUUUAUUAAAGUCUCUUCUGACUCUCAUGUCUUCCUCCGUAGUAAAGAAUUCGACCCAAGCAUGCAGGUGUCUUCAAACUCUCUCAAAGAAUGUUGUGAUCCAGGAGCAGCUGAUGGAGCUGGACUGUGUGCUGCCUCUGAAGGCUCUGCUGCAAACAUCUUCCCCUGAGUCAGCAAUAACAUUACUCUCUACACUGUCUGCACACCCACCAAACCAUGAAGUCCUUUUAAGUGAGAGCCUGUUGGAUGAAAUCGGUCAACUGCUACAUCAUCAGAAAUCAAACGCAGUGAUAAUCACACACAGCUGCAAGAUAAUCACUGACCUGUGCAGCUCCUGUAUGGGUCGGCAGGCUGCGGUGGAGACUUCAUGUUUUCCAGGACUCCUCUGCGCCCUUCAGUCCCCCGCCCUGUCAGAUGAGACCUUGCUGCACGUGACAUCACACUUAAAUCACCUGAUGACCUGGGGUCCACUGAAGUCUAAAGUGUCCAUGAAAAUUACCUCAGAACAAGUUUCAAGACUAGUGAAGCUGUUGGGACAAAUGCAAAAUCCUCAGUUGUCGUUCACCAGUGCAGCCAUCAUCAGCAAAUUAGACAUGACAGAUGAGACGGCCCAGUUCCUGAGACCUCACUAUAUAGACAUGUUGGACUACCUGUUGGUGUUUCUACAAAAGAAAGAUGUAAAGUUCCAGCAACUUGCCAUAGUUACAACAUUCAACCUCAAAAAAGAUGGAGACUUUUCCUCACUGCUGGCUGACAGUGAGUUGGAGGCUCAGCUCUGGAAGGUGCAUGCGCAGACGGAGGAAACCAGGCGGCUGCAGAUGAUUCAGCCCCUUUCUCCUUCUGUUAACCCUUCCCUUCCUCUGUGAACAUUCGGAGAUGUGACCUGUACUACAUUUUCUUAUUCAUGCACUGUAUUGACAAGUACCAUUUUUAUAAAAUGUUUUUCUUUUUAUGUA